AUGGCGGUGGCCCAACCCAAUUAUGUUAAGAAGGAGGAUCCCUUAGGCAUCAACUACAACUCCAGCUACAACUUCUCGUCAAGUACUUUACGAAUUAUGUCAAAAGAAUUUCAGAGGGGGAGUGAGAUCUGUGAGGCUAUGAAAUCGAACAAGGCAGACUGGGAUACUCUUUUUGAGACAUUUCCCUUUCUCAAAGCUUAUAAUAAUUAUCUACAAAUUGCCAUCAGUGCAAAAAAUGCUGAUGAUUCUAGAAAUUGGAAAGUGAUCCAUGACCAUGCUAUUCAUAUUUAUGUAUACAGAUUGAGAGGCACACUUACAACAUGCUUCAGUGUCACCCCCACACUGGUGAUUUUUCAGACAAAUCCAAACCUUUUCAUUGUAGCUACUUUAUGGGUUUGCAAAGAAAACAAGGAGUUUCUGCGAAUGAAGGCAGUGAACGUGUAUACUUUGUGGAAGCCCGGAAUGGAGAUCCGUGUAUGCCAUGUAAAAAAGAAAAACAUACCUGAUUUUGUGUUCCCUGGUGGAGUUUGUCCGCCCCGCCCAUCCAAGUUAGCUAGGGCUUUGGAACUAAAGGCUUCGUCUGGACGCAAGGGAAAGCGACCUGAUGAUGAUGUUGAAAACAAGACAAGUGUAAACUCUGUGGCCCCCUUUGGUGGGGAUGUUCUUGACACAAGCUCCCCCACUAGUACCGCAAACAUCCCAUCUCAGAAUGGCAACCGCAACAGUGAAGUAUCAUCAUCAAGCAGUUUGCCAACCAAAACUUCACUAGAAACUGUUGCUCAUGCAUCAAGUUCUAUUGUAGCAGAGAAGAUGGAUAUUGAAAAAGUCAUGCUGGGCUCAUAUGCUUGA